GAUUUUGCAACUUUUGCAGCUUUUGCAGCCUUUGCAAUUGGAACAAAAUAGUAUAUUUUCUAAGAUUUGCACUAUUUUGGGAGGUUGGCUGGUUGAAAAAUGGGGGUAAAAUAUUAUUUAUAUGAAAGGUAAUUUUUUAAGCUUCGUUCUAUCGCCAUUUGGAAAAGGAACGAAAAGAGAUGCGAGACCACCAGAAUAGUUGUGUCCUGCCUGCGGUCACUACAGGGGUGAAGCCAGGGGGCACCCGGUGGAAGGGCCCCACAGCGCCGGACGCCAGCGGGAAGCCCGGGCCGGAGAAAGAGACUUCCGACACGGUUUCGCCCCGUCCGUUUUGUCUCCCGGACUCAGAAGAGCAAGAGGCCUUCUUCAACCUCCUGGAGGAUGGCUUAAUACAGGACUUCCUCUCAAUGGACACGUGCUACAGGAUCUCGGACAAGUAUCUUAUCGCGAUGACCAUGAUGUACUUCAAACGUGCUGGCUUGAAUACGAGAGAGUACACGCGGAUUAAUCUUUUCCUGGCUCUGUACCUGGCAAACGACAUGGAAGAAGACGCGGAAGACUACAAAUACGAGAUCUUCCUCUGGGCGCUUGGGGUCGACUGGAGGAAGCUCAUCCCGGACUUCUUGAAAAUGCGGGACGGCCUCUGGGCGAGAAUGAAGUUCAGGGCCUUCGUGAGCCGGCGGUGCUGCGACGAGGUCAUGUUGGAGAAGCCUUCCCAUUGGGUGUGGUCCCGGGAGCGAGCCGCCCACCACAGCGGGGCCCUGCGGAGUUACCUGGCGGACGAGAGCAGAGACCCGUUUCCCAAGGGGCCCGGGGCCACCCCCGCCCUCUGCCUUCUGUGCUCGUUCGAUCUCCAUGAAGACCCUGAAUCGACUCCUGCAAGCGGAGACCUUUCUUCCCGAGACCCGAACCCGGAUCCCAGCGACGUUCCUCUCGUGGUGGUGCAAUUCAAGAAGGACUGCGACAAGCAGAGUUUCCGAACGUCAGUCCAGCCGGAAGUGGAUAUGGAGACGGAGUGAUCGUGUGCGGGUGGCCUAUUCCUGGGAAGAGAGUCCGGUGGCUGAGCAUCGUUGUUUCAUUCCUUCCCGGAAGUGGCAUGCGCUCGUUGGGUGGCCUUCAUUUCCAUUUGCAGGGAUCUAAUGAGCCCUAUUGUUUGUAUUUAAGAAAAAAAAUAUUUUCUGUAUGUAGUAUAGAUUGGACAGUGUUAAAUAGGUUGGCCAAGCCAACUCCUAAUAAAGAUGUCUCAGAUAAA